GAAGCAAUGCCACUGCUGGUAUUUUUGCUACUUAUCCACAGGAGUUCAUGAGUAUUGGUGGCGCUUUUUUUUCCGAAGCUAUUGGAACAUUCUUCCUACUCUUGAUCAUUUUGGCUGUUAUCGAUAAACGUAAUUCAAAUAUUAAAAUGCUUCUUCCAAUGAUUGUUGGCUUGUCUCUUACCACGAUUGGAAUCUCUCUCGGAUAUGAAACCGGUUUUAGUUUAAACGGGGCACGUGACUUCGGCCCAAGAUUAUUUACUUUUUUAUGUGGAUAUGGCGUUGAAGUUUUUUCUGCAUAUAACUUCUAUUUCUGGGUUCCACUUGUUGCACCUGUUGUAGGAGGUUUGGUUGCUGGGCUUGUUUAUGAUUUAUUGAUUUAUUGGGACAAAUCUCCUUUGAAUUCUUUGUUUGGAAUUAGUGGUAAUUCGGAA